AUAUCACAUGUGGCUAAAAGUAAUAUAUUUUAACACACACAUAUUAUUAUUAGUGUACACAUCACAGAUCAUCACAAACACUGGUGAUGAUGUGGAGCAGGUCGGUGUUUUGCUUUAACCCUCUCGGCGCCGGUCAGAUCAGCUGAUCACCUUCAUCGCGACGGACCAAAACAGCUAACGGUUAGCUCGACGGUAGCCGGUGGUAAAAGUUAUGACAGGACUGUUUUAAUCGUGUGUGAUUAAGGUAGGACACUGACGAGAAGCACGUUAUUUAAACGAUCAUCUGUUGAACCGAGUGUCACGGCUGGAUGAUUAUCCUGUGUUUGUUUCUGCUCAGCCGGGUUUGCGUUUAGCUGCUGAAGCUAACCUGCGUCAGCGGCAGAUGCUAACGCAGGUACCGUUAUUAUUAGCCACACUGGCUACAUGCUAAAGUGUCUGCUUUUAUAGAAACAAACGUAGUGCAUCGGAUAAAAAAAUGAUGAAUGUGUUACGAGUUGAUAUAACAAUAUGACUGUUAUGAAUUAGAUUAGCUGCGUUUAGUGCUAUGGCCUGGUUUGUUAGCUUCGUAAAGCUAACAUAACGGAGAGCUACAAUAUAAAUAUGAAUCCAUAAAUGUCACCCUGACAUGGGGACAUCUGAGUCUGACAGCAGGUCUUGUGUCCGCCAAACUCGAUUCAAAGGCUGAAACUGGCAUUUAAUUGAUGAUUCAAACUCAUUAACUGAGUCACUGUCACCAUACAAAUGAUGCUUCAGGAGGCAGAGAGAGUCUAAGUCUGAUUGGGGCAUUUAACUCUGUGCACUUUUACUUUACAGAUCCUGGAUCUGGUGAGGAACUGUCCAGUUUGAAGGCUUUAGCUGCAGACUGAACUAUGCCUUAUCUCUGAGGAUGGGAGGAAGUGGAUCCAAAGCCAAAGGUGUCUGGCCUUUCUCAGGCAGUGGAGCCGGAGGUGAACCGUCCAGUGAUGGGAACGAGCAGUCUCUGGCCCGUCUCAAAAGUUCAAGAAAUGCAACACCGUUUGUUUUUACCAGGAGGAGUUCGCUGUACUAUGACGAGGAUGGAGACCUCGCCCAUGAAUUCUAUGAAGAGACGGUGGUGACGAAAAAUGGCAGAAAAAAGUCCAAGUUGAAGAGGAUUCAGAAAAACCUGAUUCCACAGGGCAUUGUGAAGCUCGACCACCCCUGUAUUCAUGUAGAUUUCCCCAUCGUCCUCUGUGAGGUGUGAAAUGUUGCACAGGACUGAUCUACUAUGAAGUGCAGCCACAGGUACUCGUCUGGGAGCAAAGUCUUGUUCCAGUCUCCGAGCAUCGCGGUCAAGACUGGAACUGUGGUGUGGAGAGCAAAAAAGGAAAACUCCAACUGUCAUAUUAAACUGAUAUAUUGAAUGAAAUGUUAUACAUUUGAAUUCAAAUAUAGUCAAAAGGGUGCCCUGUUCUCAAAAAUCCAUAUUUUGAUAUUGACAUAAGUAGUGAUGGUGAUGGUACAGGUUGUGUGUUCACUACCCAGCUGAUAUGUACGCAGUCUUAGAGAAUACAUCCAGCGAUGUAUCUCUCAUGUGAGUUUUUUGCAGGGAAAAACAUCCUCGAUGUGAAAAGGCUUUAAUGGUUUAUGCCUUCUGUGAGACGUAGAGUGAAACUGUAUGCGUCUUUGUAUGUGUACACGUGUGCACUUAGGUUUGUUUGAGUGUAUGUAUGCGAGAGGGACUGAAGAAGUAGUCACAGGGUAGAAUAAUGAAGGGUUGUGAAAUUUAUUGUAUAUAUGGUCAUGUUCUGUGUUGUCACGUCUGAGUCUGUCUCAGUUACCGAAGCUCAGACCUGCACUAGUGAACAUAAUGUACUGUAAAUAAUUUCAGAUUUCUUAGUUGGAAAUACUUGAAUAAAUGGUUUACUGAGCUGAA